UUAAAAUGGUAUGAUCAGGUCUUUACGUCGUAUCGCAAUAAAAACCAUCUCAUGUUCUUGUGUGCAUAUCUAAACCAUUUCUUUUAUAGAUUCCUUCACUUUCUCGGGAAACAACAACCAGAUCAAACAAACAAACCUACCACCACCGUGAACAUGUCAGGACUCGACGGCGUAGAGCACAAAACCCUCAAAGUAAACGGCAUAAACAUGCACGUGGCCGAGCUUCCCGGAUCCGGAUCUGGAGGAGACCCGAUCAUCCUCUUCAUCCACGGAUUCCCGGAGCUCUGGUACACGUGGCGGCACCAGAUGACUGCGCUUUCGUCUUUAGGGUACCGUACCAUCGCGCCGGAUCUUCGAGGGUACGGAGACACAGACGCGCCGGAGAAAGUGGAAGACUACACUUACUUCAACAUGGUCGGAGACUUGGUGGCACUCAUCGACGCAGUGACAGGUGGAGACGAGCCGGUUUUCGUGGUGGGUCAUGACUGGGGAGCGAUGAUCGCGUGGCAGCUGUGUAUGUACAGACCGGAGAAAGUCAAGGCUCUGGUCAACAUGAGUGUCCUCUUCUCUCCGAGGAACCCAGAUCGUGUCCCGAUUCCGACCUUGAGACGUUUCCUUGGUGACGAUUAUUACAUCUGCAGGUUUCAGAAAGCUGGAGAGAUAGAAGCAGAGUUCGAAACAUUGGGAACAGAGAAGGUGUUGAAAGAUUUCUUAACCUACAAAACGCCUGGACCGCUUUACCUCGCCAAAGGCAAACUAUUCAAAAGCUCAGAAAACGGUGGUGCGUCUUCUGCGUUACCACCGUGGCUAACACAAGAAGACCUCGACUAUUACGUCACCAAGUACGAGAACAAAGGAUUCACUGGACCAAUUAACUACUACCGCAACAUUGACCGAAAUUGGGAGCUGACUGCACCCUGGACCGGUGCUAAGAUUGGUGUACCGGUGAAGUUCAUAGUAGGAGAUCAGGAUUUGACGUACAAUUCGCCGGGGGCUAAGGAGUACAUCAGCAGUGGCGGAUUCAAGAAAGAUGUACCGUUGCUUGAUGAAACCGUCGUGCUCAAGGGAGUUGGACAUUUCCUCCACGAGGAGAAGCCUGAGGAGAUCAAUCAACACAUUCACAGCUUCUUCCAAAAGUUUCUCUAAAAAUCAAAAAUCUACUUUUAUUUAAAUAAAUGAAAAACGGAUUUAACGUCUUUGUGUUUUACAACAUUACAUUUUAGUAUUUUACAUAAAUGUGCUUGUUCAAUGAGA